AUGGAGUCCGAAGACCACGUUCUUGCUAUGACGAUUAUCAGUACCUCAUUAUUAAUAAUACAUCAACUCAUGAAAACACGCCGAAGACCCCGACGUUGGUGGCGGACAGAAUUGUAUAAACGGAGAGAAGGUAGAGAACUGCUUACUGAUAUGAAUUUUCAGCACAUAAGUGGACAAUACAAAAACUUUACAAAGAUGACGCCAACAGACUUUGAAAAUUUACUCGAGAUGAUCGGACCAAGAAUUAGUCGAAACCAUACAAAUUUAAGAGCUCCAAUUUCAAUCCAAGAUAGGCUAGCAAUAACACUUAGAUUUUUAGGUUCCGGGGACUCUUACACAAGUCUGCAGUAUACGUUUAGAGUAUCGAAACAAUCCAUAAGUGCUAUUGUACCUGAAGUGUGCGCCGCAAUAAUGGAGGAAUUAAAAGAAUACAUUAAGGUACCAACGACAGCCGAAGCCUGGUUGAAGAUAAGCAAGGAGUUUGAAGACCGGUGGAACUUUCCGCACUGUUCAGGGGCAUUAGACGGAAAGCACGUUACACUUGAAGCACCUAUCAAAAGCGGAACCGAGUUCUAUAAUUAUAAACAAAAUUUUAGCAUCGUUUUGUUUGCUCUAGUUGAUGCAGAUUAUAAUUUUCUAUUCGUAGACGUGGGAUGCCAAGGGAGAAUUUCAGAUGGCGGAGUUUUUAAAGAUACCACAUUAUAUGAUAUGAUAGAGAAUCACACAAUAAACCUGCCAUCGCCGCGUCCACUCCCCGAUAGAAAUAUUUCCAUCCCAUAUUUUUUUGUAGGCGAUAGUGCCUUUGCUUUAAGUGAAAACUUGAUGAAACCAUAUGGUGGGACACAUCCAAAGGGUUCAUCGAAGAGAACAUUUAAUUACCGAUUAAGUAGAGCUAGAAGGAUUGUUGAGAACGUAUUUGGAAUUAUAUCGUCUGUGUUCAGAGUUUUAAGAAAACCAAUGCUUUUACAGCCUGAUAAUGCUGAAUUGGUAGUUAUGGCAAUCGUUCUUCUACAUAAUUAUUUGAAACGUCAUUCUAGAAAUGUGUUCAUAACUCCAGGAUUAGUUGAUCAGGAGGAAGAAGGAAUUUUAACACGUUAA